UGUUCUUUCUUCUUCUUUGGUUAAUUGGGUCUUGAAAUUCUGAAAAGGAUUGGUGGAAAAGAAAGUUUGAGUACGCUAGCUACUGACGGUUUCUUUCUUUAUCUUCGAUAAAGCUUUUUGGGAGGGGAAUUUUGGGCAAAAAUACUCAAAACCCAGGUUCGAGAAGCGAAAGCUCUGUAAUCCACUCAAUAUUUCGGUUAAUUAUCCAAGUAUGCAUCCCGAUGAUCAGCGGCGGCAGCCGUUGUUGGAGGAGGAAGAUGAAGAAACUGCUUACAAUUUAACGGAGAAGGUUGUGGUUGUUGGGAUCGACGAAGCGGAGUCCGAUUUGGAUGUGGGUUUGCCGCCGUUUUCAUGGAGGAAGCUCUGGCUGUUCACGGGGCCUGGGUUUUUGAUGAGUAUAGCGUUUUUAGACCCUGGGAAUUUGGAGUCCAAUCUUCAGGCUGGUGCUAUAGCUGGGUAUUCUUUGUUGUGGCUUCUGUUGUGGGCUACAGCCAUGGGGCUUUUGAUCCAGUUGCUCUCGGCCAGGCUUGGUGUUGCCACUGGCAAGCACUUGGCCGAGCUUUGUAGAGAAGAGUACCCAUCUUGGGCGAGAAUUUUGCUGUGGGUCAUGGCAGAGUUAGCCCUCAUUGGGGCUGAUAUACAGGAAGUUAUUGGGAGUGCUAUUGCUAUUAAGAUUCUGAGUAAUGGGGCUUUGCCGCUUUGGGCUGGAGUUAUAAUCACUGCUUUUGAUUGUUUUAUCUUCCUGUUUCUUGAGAAUUAUGGUGUGAGGAAACUUGAGGCUGUGUUUGCUGUUCUUAUUGCUACCAUGGCACUCUCAUUUGCUUGGAUUUUUGGUGAAACUAAGCCAGAUGGGAAGGAGCUUCUAUUGGGUAUUUUGAUUCCAAAACUUAGCUCCAAGACAAUUAAACAGGCAGUAGCUGUUGUGGGGUGUAUCAUUAUGCCUCAUAACGUGUUUCUUCACUCCGCUCUCGUGCAGUCACGAGACGUCAAUCCGAGCAAGAAAGGGCGGGUUCGAGAAGCUCUUAGAUACUAUUCCAUUGAGUCCACUCUUGCUCUUUUUGUGUCCUUCAUCAUCAACUUGUUUGUUACAACUGUGUUUGCUAAAGCUUUCUAUGGCACCGACAUAGCUAGUAGCAUUGGUCUUGUAAAUGCAGGGCAAUAUCUUCAAGAUAAAUAUGGUGGAGGGCUCUUCCCCAUUUUGUAUAUCUGGGCUAUUGGUUUGUUAGCUGCUGGCCAAAGUAGCACCAUCACUGGUACCUAUGCAGGACAGUUUAUCAUGGGUGGCUUCCUGAACUUGAAGUUGAAAAAAUGGCUAAGAGCUUUGAUAACUCGAAGCUUUGCGAUUGUGCCAACUAUGAUUGUCGCUCUCGCGUUCGAAACUUCUGAUUCGAUGGUCGAUGUUCUUAAUGAAUGGCUCAAUGUCCUUCAGUCAAUUCAGAUACCCUUUGCUCUGAUUCCUCUUCUCUGUUUGGCUUCCAAGGAACAUCUAAUGGGCAGUUUCAGAAUUGGCCCCAUUUUAAAGGUAUGUGUAUGAUGUUCACUGUUCUACGUAUAUGUUAUACAGCUCUCUGCAAAUCAUGCAAAUCAAAUGAUCUUGGUCA